AUGAACUUCGUGACGGCACCUCUGCUGGCAAACCUAUUUCUGCUUGCCAUUUCCGCCAUCGGUCGACAAGAAGUAUAUGACGGUACGGUUGGUGCCGAUAAUAUCUCGCCGAUCGACAUAAUGGCGUUCUUCUUGAGCUUGGCCUACAUCGCGAUCUCAAUCGAUGCUUCCGGCUUGAUCAGGUGGCUGGCUCUAAAAGCGCUCGAAAAGGGCGGCAAGAAUGGGCAUGCGCUGUUUCUCUACCUCUAUGCCUUCUUUCUCAGUUUAGGCAGUUUUAUCGGCAACGACCCAAUCAUCUUAUCUGGCACAGCAUUCUUGGCUUACAUGACUCGAGUGUCAGAGAACAUAUACAAUCCGAGGGCAUGGAUUCACACGCAAUUCACCGUGGCGAAUGUUGUCUCGGCGCUCCUUGUCUCUUCCAAUCCCACUAAUCUCGUGCUCGCAGGAGCCUUCAAUAUCAAGUUCGUACACUAUACGGCAAACAUGAUCGUCCCUGUCGCCAUCACCGCUAUCAUUCUGUUCCCGUUUCUACGUUAUGUCGUCUUUUCCGGAAAGGAUGAAGUGGACAAGAAGGAUUUCAUCCCAUACUCAAUUGCACUCAAGGAAUUGCCACCAGCAAUUAUGAAAUUGAAGCCUGCAAAUCCGAACAUCACGCAUGGAAAGAGUGGGAAAGAGGAAGAACAUGACAAGAAGGCCAACAAUGAGAGUGGGAAGCUUCGGAUGGCUGAGGAGAUCAUGAAUCCUUAUCUCGACAGGACGAGCGCAACAGUCGGGGCGAUCAUAAUGUCAGUGACGCUUGUCACCAUCUUGGUGCUCAAUGCCGUCAGUCAGAGCACUGGGGAACAUCCCGUCUACUGGGUGACGGUGCCAGCAGCCUUCGUCAUGUUCUCCUGGGAUGUCAUCUACGGAUGGUUGAAGCGGGAUAGUUGGCGGCAGGGCUUCCAGAACUACCAAGAAGAGCUUGAUAGGAUCGAACAAGAAGAAUUAGGAAGACUGGCACCAGAGCAAAUGCAGCCGACUCAGAUGGGCGAAUCUGACCCAGGUUCUCUUGCACCGAGUCAUUCCGAAAACGGUGCUGAGUAUCACGUCUGGGGAGGGCGUGGUAGAGACGAGAUUGUGGCAUUGACUGAUUAUGCAAUCGUCACCGAAUCACGACAGCGACCCGCUUUAAUUCCUGUGCAUAUGGCCUGCGACAUGGCCGAGCAUGCACCAGCGCGGCUAUUUGAGAGCCCUCCACUGUCGCCGGUUUCGAUGGUCGCCAGACACCACAGUGAACCAAAACGUUCUGAUGCUCCUAGCAUAACAACGACACCAUCGAAGGUUGAUAAGAAUUUCUCAGCAAGCCGUUCUGCGAGUGCACGACCAGUGGUCGAAAAACCGAGCAUCAAAACCAACUUCACGAUGGACGAAAAAAGGGACAGGUCCGCUGAUGAUUCCUCGAAUGAUUUCGAGUCUCGGCAGAUUUCUGGCCCGACAACUCUGCAAAACCUGAUACAAAAAGCAUUCAAGUGGUUGCAGGAGCGAUUUCCAACAGUUAUGGUCGUGAUCGCAAACCUGCCAUUUCCGCUUGUGCCGUUCGCGCUGUCUAUGUUCGCCCUCGUGCAGGGACUUGUCACCAAAGGCUGGGUUCCAGUCUUCGCUUACGGAUGGGACCACUGGGUGGACAAAACAGGCACUGUUGGCGCCAUUGGCGGCAUGGGUUUUCUCUCUGUGAUCUUGUGCAAUGUAAGUACUACUCCAUUGGAAAUGCAUAAUUCGGAGCAAUCUCGGAGAGACAGUAACUCACGUGCAUCACAACUCCAGUUCGCCGGCACCAAUAUUGGUAGCGCCAUUCUCCUUUCUCGUGUGGUGCAAGCAUGGCAGGAGAUUCACCGCCAAAAUGGCAUCCCGAUAUCAGAUAGGACUUUUUGGGCUACCGUGUAUAGCUUGGCACUUGGCGUCAAUUUCGGUGCUUUCAGUGCGGCCUUCAGCGCCUCUCUUGCCGGCUUGCUGUGGAGGGACAUUCUGCAACGCAAGUACAUUGAGGUCAAGCCUCUAGAAUUUGCAAAGGUCAAUCUGCCAAUCAUCUCGAUGGCAAUGGCUGUCGGCUGCGCUAUUCUCGUCGCCGAAGUCUAUAUUGUUAGAGACAAUUUGCCGUAUGAUGCAUGA